UGCAUUCGCAUUCGCUUUAUUAUCGUUCUCGCGACGACGACAACGUCGAAGAAUUCUUAGCCGUAUUCUUCUUCAUCCUGUGUAAAUAAUUGUAAUUUAAAUAUUUUAAAUUAAACACAAAAACCACGCAAAACUAAUAAAAUAAGCAAUCUGAGGGCAUUUCGCGCGUGUUUACCAAGUCAUUAAGUGUAUGUUUUGUGUAUAUUUUCAUCAUUAAAACGUCGUGUAAAUUAAAAUCAUCCUAAUUAUAAUUCAAAAUAAUAACAACUAAAAACAUCAAAUCUUUAAAUCUCAAUAAAUUUCAAUUGAUCUGUAAAAAAUAUUUAUAGCAAGUUUUAAUCGUUCAAACCCACUUCUCAUAAAUAAUGCAUUGAAAAUAGUUUUUAUAUUUGGUUGGUUUCACUGUGUAAAGUAUUAUUCAUAGUUUGUGUUAAAUAAUGUAAAUUUUUGUAAAAAAAAAAAAAAUUAAACCAUACCAAAAACGUGCAAGUUUUUUUUUCGAGUGUAUGCAAAUAUCAAUCGAUAAAUGUAAUUAAAAUCUUUCAAAUGACUGUAAAUUAAUAUUUAAUAUUAAGAAAGAUAAAAGUGUGGUUUCUAACUAAGUAAAGAAAAAAUAAUAAUAAAAGAACGAAAAACAAAUCGAUAAGAAUCGCAAAAUCAAAACAAACAUAAACCAAAAGCAAAGAAGAAGUGUAAGAACGGUAAAAGCCACAUGCGCUCUCGUCCCACUGUACGCGCGACGUAUCCGCAAUUUUUUAAAUUGUAGCCACAACGUAACGUCGUCCAGUUACUUUUAAACUGUUGUUCUCGUUCCGUCAAAUUUAUUGUACGUCUCUUUUUGGUUUUUUUGUUUUCUGAUUUUAUUCGGCUGUUUUUGUGUGGUUUUUGCAAUACGCGCCAAAUCGUGAGCUGAGCGUGCAGCAAACAGCCGUCAAAAUUGAGCUGUUAAGCGCACCCACAAUCUCGAUAUCGACGGUAGCGCCAACCGCGUCGCCAUCGCCGCAGCAUCAUCUACAAACACAGCCGCAGCAGCAACAGCAGCAGCAGGCACCGUAUCAUCAUCUCCAACAGCAGCAGCAACAUUACGGGCCACUGCCGCCGCCUUCACCAUACUUUCAGCAUUUGCAACAACAACAACAACAGCAGCAGCAACAACAACAACAGCAGCAGCAACAACAACAACAGUUGCAACACAUGAAGUUUCUGGGCGGUAAUGAUGAUCGCAACGGACGCGGCGGGGUCGGCGUCGGCGUCGGUAGCGAUACAUGCGGUUCCAAUGCGCAGGAUGUGGACGCAGCGAGCGCUGCCGCAGCCGCCGCUGCCGUUGGCUUUGUUUUUCAGCAGCGCCCAUCACCCGGCGGCGGCAUCGGCGCUGGCGUCGGCGUCGGACCCGUUGGCUCCAACUUGCACGACGCCGCGGCUGCUGAAUAUGCGGUCCACUUUGCCCAAAAACAACAGCAGACGCGUUGGGCAUGCGGCGACGAGCAUGGCAUCGAUAAUCCCGAUAAAUGGAAAUACAAUCCACCUAUGAAUCCAGCGAAUGCUGCACCUGGCGCACCACCGGGCAACGGUGGCAGCAAUGGCGGACCCGGUGCCAUUGGUACCAUUGGCAUGGGCAGUGGCCUAGGCGGUGGCGGCAUGGGCGGCAAUGGCAGCGGCAUCAAUGGGGGUCUACAUCAUCCAUCGAUGGCAGCUGCGGCAGCUAAUAUGGCUGCCAUGCAACAGGCCGCCGUAGCCAAGCAUAAUCACAUGAUGUCGCAGGCGGCCGCCGCAGUUGCAGCACAGCAGCAGCAGCAGCAGCAACAACAACAACAGCAGCAACAACAACAACAGCAGCAACAUUCACAGCAGCAGCAACAGCAACAGCAGGGUACUCAGGGUCAAGCGCAUCAUAUGAUGGGCAGCGGCAAUGGACUGGGCAAUGGCAAUGGACUCGGCGGCUUGGGUCAGCCGCAUCCCGGGCAGCAGCAACAGCAACAGGGCCAAAAUCCCGGCCAGACACAUCCCGGCCAGCAUCAGUACAACUCGAAUCUGCUCAGCCAUGUGAUGAACAAUCAGGUGGCCGCAGCCGUUGCCGCUGGCGCUGCCAUGGGUCCGAUGACGCCGUAUGCCCAAUCUGGUGCCACCGGCAACAUGUACGAUCAUCAUGGAGGCGCACUGCAUCCGGGCAUGAAUGGCGGUAUGCCGAAACCUCCACCGCAGCUGGGACCGCCGGGCGGACCACAGGACUUUGUCUAUAUGGGCGGGCAACAGCAUGCCGCUGCUGCCGCCGCCGCUGCUAUGGGCGCUGCUCUGAUGCCGCCACAGAAUCAAUAUAUGAACAACUCGGCCGCAGCUGCUGCCGCCGUCAAUCGGAAUGCAGCGAUAACUACAUCGACAGCCAAGAAGCUGUGGGAGAAAUCGGACGGAAAGAGCGGCGCUACAGCAGGCGGUCCACUCAAUCCACUGCAGAUUCCCGGCGUCGGGGAUCACUCGUCCGUAUGGAAAGAUCACACAUGGUCCACACAGGGCGAGAACAUAUUGGCACCGCCAAGGCCGCGUGGUUAUCCACAUGCUGGCGCUUCAGAUAACUCAAACAGCGGCAAUGCGGGCAUUCUGAGCCCCCGCGAUUCAACAUGCGUUAAGAUGGUUGAAUAUGUUCUGGGUGGCUCACCCACCAACAAGGAGAGCCCCUUGUCCAGCUUGGAGCCGCGAAUGCGCAAUUUGAAAUUUGACGAUAAUGAUAAGUCACACGAUGAUAAGGAAAAGGCAAGCUCGCCGUUUGAUACCAACGGGCUAAAGAAGGAUGACCAAGUCACAAACACAAAUGGAGUCGUCAAUGGCAUUGAUGAUGACAAGGGAUUCAAUCGCACUCCCGGCUCUCGUCAGCCCUCGCCCGCAGAAGAGACCUUGCCACGCCCACCCACACUGCUCGAUCCCACACACCAUGGCGGCUUCCCACAAAUGCCGCACUUCAAUCACAUGCUCAUGGAUCACGGCCAGGGCCACGGCCACGGCAUGGGCGGUGCCCUUGGUGGCAGCAAUUCGGCGGUGGGCGGCGGCGGAGUGGGCAGCGGUGCUGCCGCAGCUUACGCGCAUCAGCAGAUGGCGGCCCAGAUGAGUCAAUUGCAACCGCCAAUGAUGAACGGAGUUGGUGGCGGAAUGCCAAUGGCCGCACAGUCACCCAUGUUAAAUCACCAGGGCGCACAGACAGGCGGUCCCAAUCAUAUGGAAUCUCCAGGCAAUCUCUUGCAGCAGCAGCAACAACAACAGCAAAAUUUUGAUGUACAGGUAAGUGACGAUGUGCUUUCGCUUGCUUUGAGUCAGAAUCAACAACUCUUUCGCUCACAGAAUCCGGGCUUAGCGGCUGCGGCCGCUGCAGCCACAUCGGCAGCAAGUGCAGCGGCUGCAGCCGGCGCUGCACCACCUGGCGCACCCAAUGGCACAAUGCAGGCAUCGCAGCAACAGCAGCAGCAACAGAUGCAAAUGGCCGCCGCUUCUCAGCAGUUUUUGGCGCAACAGAAUGCAGCAUAUGCCGCACAACAGGCGGCCCCGUAUGUCAUCAAUCCCGGACAGGAGGCGACACCGUAUCUGGGCAUGAUUGCCGCGGCUCAAAUGCCACCGUAUUACAACGUCGCGCCCUGGGGCAUGUAUCCGGGCAAUCUGAUACCGCAGCAGAACACACAGCCGCGCCGGCCGCUGACACCCUCGCAGCAGGGUGCCGAGAAUCAGCCCUAUCAGGUCAUACCGGCCUACUUCGAUCAGAGUGGCUCGCUUGUGAUGGGACCCCGCACCGGUACACCCAUGCGUCUGGUUAGUCCAGCCCCCGUGCUGGCGGUGCCGCCGGGCGCAACACGUGCCGGUCCGCCGCCACCCCAGGGCCCACAACUGUAUCCACCACAGCCUCAGACGGCUCAACAGAAUCUCUACUCACAGCAAAACGGUUCCAGUGUCGGAGGCCUUGCACUCAACACAAACUCAUUGACCGGUCGUCGCGACUCGUUCGAUCGCACCACAUCUGCGUUCAGCCCCUCGGCCAUGGACUACACCACGAGCAGCGUCGCCGCCGCCAAUGCGGUGAACAGCAGCGUGGCUCAAGCCGCUGCAGCUGCUGCGGCUGCAGCGCGAGCCAAAUGGCCCGGCGCCAUGUCGAAUAGCAGCGCAUACGGAGCGCUGGGCGCAGCGGGAGUCAAUGCCUCGGCCAGUCCGUUGGGCGCACCGUUGACACCGCCGCCGACUGGCCAGUCCUGCCUGAUGGGCGGCAAUCGGGCGCCCGGCGCCGAGUCGCGUCAACGCCAGCAGCUGGCGGUCGGUCUGCCGGCCACAGCGGCAGCGGCCCAGGCGGCAGUUGCGGCCGCAGCGAACAAUAUGUUCGGGUCGAACAGUUCGCUCUUCUCGAAUCACUUGGCGCUGCCGGGCACAACGCCCGCCGCCGUGGCCGCUGCCGUGGCGAACUCAAGGCAGGUGGCCGCCGCUGCUGCGGUGGCUGCUGCUGCGGCCGGUGCAACCGGCGCACCACAGCCGGGCAGGUCGCGCCUGCUGGAGGAUUUCAGGAAUCAGCGGUAUCCGAACUUGCAGUUGCGCGAUCUGAGCAACCACAUUGUGGAGUUCUCACAAGAUCAGCAUGGCUCACGCUUCAUCCAGCAGAAACUGGAACGGGCCACAGCCGCCGAGAAGCAAAUGGUCUUCAAUGAAAUUCUGGGCGCCGCCUACAGCCUGAUGACAGACGUGUUUGGCAACUAUGUAAUUCAGAAGUUCUUUGAGUUUGGUACUCCAGAGCAGAAGAACACGCUUGGCAUGCAGGUCAAAGGUCACGUGCUGCAGUUGGCGCUCCAGAUGUACGGCUGUCGCGUGAUCCAGAAGGCGCUGGAGAGCAUUUCUCCUGAGCAACAGCAAGAGAUCGUUCACGAACUGGACGGACAUGUCCUCAAGUGUGUCAAAGAUCAGAAUGGCAACCAUGUCGUGCAGAAAUGCAUCGAAUGCGUCGAUCCCGCUGCACUGCAGUUUGUCAUCAAUGCGUUCAAGGGUCAGGUCUAUUCGCUGAGCACACAUCCCUAUGGCUGCCGGGUCAUACAACGCAUCCUCGAGCACUGCACACCCGAGCAGACCACGCCCAUUUUGGACGAAUUGCACGAGCAUACAGAGAACUUGAUCCAAGACCAAUAUGGCAACUAUGUCAUUCAGCACGUUCUAGAGCAUGGCAAGCAGGAGGACAAAUCGAUACUGAUUAACAGCGUGCGUGGCAAGGUGCUGGUGCUGUCGCAACACAAGUUUGCCUCGAACGUGGUGGAGAAGUGUGUGACACAUGCCACACGCAGCGAGCGCACGGGUCUGAUCGAUGAGGUGUGCACAUUCAAUGACAACGCCUUGCACGUCAUGAUGAAGGACCAGUAUGCCAACUAUGUGGUGCAGAAGAUGAUUGACGUGUCGGAGCCGACGCAGCUGAAGAAGCUGAUGACCAAGAUACGACCCCACAUGACCGCCUUGCGCAAGUACACCUAUGGCAAGCACAUCAACGCCAAGCUAGAGAAGUACUACAUGAAGAUAACGAAUCCCAUAACCGCUGUCACGGCCAGCGUCGGUGUUACCAGCACUGCCAGCACAUCAGCAACCACAACAGUUGCCGCCAUCAGCAGCAGCAGCAGCAACAGCAGCACCACCAACACCAACAGCAGCAACAGCAGCAUCAGCAACAGCAGCAGUGCAACCGGUACCACCGGAGCCACGCCCUCCUCAACAUCUAUUGUGACCGGCAGUGCAGUUACCACAACCACCAACAGCAUCGGAUCGCCGAGCAUUUGUGCCGUGCAGGAGAAUGGGAGCAUCUCGAUGGCCGAGCCGACAUCGCCAGCCACCUCAGAGUCGUCCGGCACUGUGGGAGUGAGCUCCGCCCUUGGUCCCAUUGGACCACCAACAACAGCCAACGGAGUGUUGUAAAGUGACGAAAUGCAGCGCGUUAACGAAUUUUAGUUUUUAGUCUCUGGAUGAAGAAGAAGAUGGAAAAGCAAAAGGAGUACGACAAGAAUAGCAUAAAAAGCAAAGCGAAUGCAUACUAUAAAUAUUAUAAACAAAAAUAUACAUAUAUAUAUAUACACACACACAUAAAAUACUAACUAUAAUACAAAGAAAUGUAAUGUAAUUUAUUUAUAAACACAACGCAGAAGAACAAACCUGCAGAAAGAUAAACCAACACAAAGAUUCUCAGCCCAAGAGCGGGUUAUAGAGAGAUCGACUUCCAAGAGGGGAGAAAUCGAUAAUUUGUAUAUUCAACUGUAACAAAAACCAACAACUAAAUAUGAUCGUUAAACGCUUUUGUAAAGUGCGUAAUACUAACACAUACACUGAAAGAAAAAAACAUGCGAUGAGUUGAAUAGCUGCAAAUAAUUUGUGCGUUCAAUUUUAAUUGUUUCAUUUAUUGCAUCCCAGAAAAUAUGCGAGAAAAUAUUUUUAAAAUGCUGUCGAAAUGAAAACUUCGAGCUCGAGCAUAAAAAAAAUAAAAAUAAAAACAAAACAAAAAAAAAA